GCUCAGUCGGUGUCAUUAAAUUAGGAGAAUUUUUAUUUUCAUUCUUAAAACAUACGUUAAAUGAUUUUUCUAAAUUUAUCCAGCAUUAUUACUUCUAUCUCCUCUCAUGGCUACCGGGUUAUUGUGGGGAAGUGCCUUGACUCUGUUGUGCACAGCAAUGCUGGUCGAUGGCAGGGUGAAGGGGGGUGCUGCUGGACGCCGCAAAUAUCCCAGAAGUCCCAUACCUUUGCUGAAGAAAGAACUCAACGACACUCAUCCGGACUUCAGCUACAACGGAAUACUGGACGCUGCGAUGGUACUCAUUCGGGCCGCAAAGAGGAUGGGGCCCUCACUAAACGGUGAAUUGAGUACUCUGGAACGAAUGGAUGGAGACGCAGAUGUUGUGGAAGAUGGAGGGAGGUGUCCACCAAGGCCCAUAGACUGUGAGGAGUUACUGCAGGAAUGUGAGGUGGUUGUGUCCGGUGUGUACAGGGUGUACCCUAGAAGUCGUGUGGAGACGUGGGGUGACGGAGGAUUCGAGGUAUACUGCGACAUGGAGACAGACGGUGGGGGGUGGACGUUAAUUCAGAAGAGGGACGAUUACGGUGCUAAACCAGAUUUUUUUUACAAGGAUUGGGCAAGUUAUAAAGCUGGAUUCGGAGAAAUGGAAUAUGAUUAUUGGUUGGGGAAUGAUAAAAUAUUUGCACUGAGUAAUCAGAGGCCAUCGACACUCAGGUUUGAUCUGUUUGAUUUCGAAGGAGGCCGUGGAUUUGCAACAUACGACAAUUUCUAUAUAGAGGAUGAGAGCCAGGCUUACAGGUUGCACAUCGGGGAUUACAGAGGAGAUGUUGGCGACUCCUUUAGUGCGCACAAUAAUUGUAAGUUCACGACAAAAGACAGACAUAACGACAACAACUAUUUCGAGAACUGCGCACAGAGGUACUUCGGUGGAUGGUGGUACAACAGCUGCCACACUGUGAACAUCCUGGGACUGUACCUGAAGGGAUCACACCUCUCGUAUGCAGACGGUGUCAAUUGGUACCUCUACAAGGGAUUCCAUUAUUCUCUAAAAAGAACUGAAAUGAAGACGAGAUCUGUCGGAUUUGCAAGACUCAUCAACAUGGAUGUAGCCAGGCAAGACACGUUCGAUGAAGUGUUCCGAAUAGCGGCAUAAUCAUUCAUUUCCCUCUGAAUCGAGCGAUUCGAUCAAAUUGUACAGCCAGGAGUGUUUCUCUACAAUAAAACAUAUCAUUUUUAAACAUU